GUGGGAGCAGGUGGCAAGUUGUUUAUCUGCUCAGCUGUUGUGCCAGGCCAGAGAAAGAGACAGACAAAAGCAGCUGAGAGGAGCGAAGAAAGCAAGAGUCUCAGACUCUACCUUAGCAGGGCGCUGCAUCUUUUAGCAUACAGUGGCUGAUGGCCCUGCUGUCUGAGCUGCCUCACAGAACCAGCAAGGCUGUUCUGGAUCAUCAGCCUCAUGUGCUUGCCGUUUGCAGAGACACUGUGAUCUCUUGAAAAAGGACCCUGUGCAGUUGUCUGGAGAGAAGGAACAGACACUGUGUCGAGAAAGAUGCCUCAGGUGACUAAAAAAAGCGGAUGGGAAGCACUCCUCGUUUUCAGCUGGGUUUCCCUUUGUAUAUCCCUACCCUUGCAAAGUGAGCGGGACUCCCUUAUGAACAAGGAGAAUGCUGACCGGACUGGGGGCAACCUUGUGCUGACAAAAAGCGAGGAGCUUGCGAACCUGAAGCUCAUGCGCCUCAAGGAGGCGGAAGUGGCUGAAGCAAUGCGCACAGAUCUGUUUCCACCCAGCAUGCAUUUCUUCAAGGCCAAAGCCCUCAUUGAUCAGAGCCCUGUGUUCAGCAUCUUAAAGCAGAUGCCAAAAGGGGGUAUUUUACACCUGCAUGACUAUGCCAUUCUGAGCGCUGACUGGCUGGUAAAAUAUGCCAGCUAUCUUCCAAAUUGUCACAUCUGCUUCCUCCCUUCGGGAGAUGUCCGGUUCAAGUUCUCCAGCUCUCGCCCUCCGAAGGAAGUGCUGCCUGGUUGCUCCAAGUGGAUGCUGUUAGAGACCUACCGCCAGACUCUGGCCAGUGUGACCGAAUUUGAUAACAGUUUGCUGAGGAACAUGACUCUGGUAACUGAUGCCCCAGAGGUGACCUAUCCAUCCCAGGCUUUUAUUUGGAGGAGAUUUGAAAAUGUCUUCAUCACUGCCUCUGGUCUUAUCUCCUACGCACCUGUGUUCAAGGCCUAUUUUUAUCAGGGGCUAUUGGAACUCUAUGAAGAUAACAUACAGUAUGUGGAGAUGAGAGCCAUGCUGUCACCGGUGUACGAGUUGGAUGGGACUGAACACGACAAGGAAUGGUCUGUGGCUACCUAUCAAGAUGUGGCAAAGAAAUUUGUCAAGCAUCACCCUGAUUUUGUUGGUGCAAAGAUUAUAUACACAGCGCACAGAAAGCUGAGUGUUUCCCAGAUUAAGGAAGCUGUGCAGACAGCAAUGACACUCAGGGACAAAUUCCCAGACACUGUGGCAGGAUUUGACCUGGUUGGCUGGGAAGAUGGUGGAAAAUCCCUCUGGGAACUGAAGGAAGCCUUGACCCUUCCACAGACUCUAGGGAAAAAUCUGCCAUACUUCUUUCAUGCUGGUGAAACAGACUGGCAGGGCACCCCUGCAGAUAACGACGUCUUCGAUGCUCUGGUACUGAACACCAGACGGAUUGGCCAUGGAUUUGCCCUUGCCAAGCAUCCGGAAGCCAGGAAGUUGACUCUGAAGAAGGACAUUGCUGUAGAAAUCUGCCCCAUCUCUAACCAGGUCCUGCAAUUAGUAUCUGAUCUGAGAAACCAUCCUGCUGCUGUUCUGAUGGCAGAGGGCCACCGUAUUGUGGUGAGUCCUGAUGAUCCAUCUGUCUUUGGAGCAAAAGGUGCAUCUUAUGACUUCUACGAAACGUUUAUGGGCAUAGGAGGGAUGUCUGCUGACCUGCGAACUUUAAAACAACUGGCUCUCAACUCACUAACACACAGUGCCAUGCUACCUGAUGAGAGAGCCAAGGCAUUGAGGAUUUGGCAGAAAAAGUGGGACAAAUUCGUUCUUCUGGUUUCCAGAGGAGCUAUAGGAAAUGAGAAGAACUCUGUCUUGAAAGCUGUAACUAGCAGGCGUCGGAAGCACAGCAGGAGUUCUUUGCAGCACAGUUACUUUUAGUGUGGCUAAUAGAAUGUGGCAGUGGGUAAGAUUUCUGUGCCAUGGCGUAACCUCAAGUGCUGGUUUUCAGAAAGGCCAGACAAAGUCUUCUGAAAGCUCAUUGGGUGGCCUUGGAGGAGUCACAGACUGUCCACCUAACCUCACAGGAUGUUUCUGUGGAUAAAAUGGAGAGAGGAGGACAAUGUAAACCACCUUGAACCUCCACUGGGGAGAAAUGGGGGGUAUAAAUGAAGAUGAAUAAAUAAAUGAAUGAAUAAA